AGCCCUGUCAUUAUUUUUGUUGAUUAAUGGUUGACAGCGGUGGCAGCGGUGCUAUACGUGAAUUCUUAUAGGAAUACAAAGUAAACAAGAGCAUCCACCGUUCACAAGUAAAACCUAAAACGCACAUGUCCUGUUGUGAUAAAUUAGUGUUUUGAUCUAAUUGAGAGAAACACGUAUUAGUACGAAUAGGAAUAUCGUGUACAACUUGGUAGCAUGACGAAUAUAAUAGUCAGCAAUCGUUAUACAUCAGCGGCCUGCAACCGAACCACCGAAUCGUUGGACUGGGGUGAAGAUGGCUUGAUUUACUUUGCAGCUAGUCAUGCGAUCGCAAUCGCAGAUGUGAAUUACGAAGAUUUCGCAAAAAUUAUUCGCACGCUUUAUGGUCACAAGGCGCGAGUAAAUACUGUGAAAAAACUUCAUGCUGUGUCUGAAAGUGUUGACCUUAUAUCCGGGUCCGAUGACUGCUCGUGCAUACUUUGGAACACACGAGACACCGUCGAAUCUCCGGUAUGUGCUGUCCUUAAAGGCCAUACGAAAGGCGUAACUCAGGUGGAUGCUUUCAGUCACGAAAAUGAGCUGAUCGUCGCCACCGGAUCUGCCGAUAGCAGUAUCAAACUGUGGCAUCGAGCAAGUGAUACGAAUGAAUUCAUAAACUUUCAAACAAUCGACCUGAACAAAGGGUUCUGUUUUAGUUUGAAAUUCUUUUCUCUGCCUGGAUCCGACAUUGUUGGGUUUGCAUGUGCACUUGACAAUGAUCUGAUACAUUUAUAUGCCUUCGAUGGAGAAAACUUCAAACUAGUGCAACAGCUAAAAGGUCACACCGAUUGGGUUCGAGGAUUAGAUUGUGUUACUGAUGUAGGGAACGAUGAUUUGCUGCUGGCAAGCGCCUCGCAAGAUAGCUUCAUUCGACUGUGGAGAAUUUCCAAGCGGGCACAAAUAGUGAAGCAAAAGACGUUUGAAGAGUUAGCGGCUGACGAGGAUAUUGUUUUAGAAGAAAAAAUAUUUGAAGUUACUCAUGGAGAACGCAAUUUUUACUAUGCGAUUUCUCUCGAAUCGGUUCUUCAAGGUCACGAAGGGUGGGUUUAUGGAAUCCAUUUCAAUAAAAGUGGCUCUCAACUGCAACUGCUAUCCAGUUCAAUCGAUAAAACACUUACAAUCUGGACACCGUCUGAUUCCGGCGUUUGGUUUGAGAGCGUUCGAGUAGGGGAAGUCGGAGGCGCUCUGCUUGGAUUUUACGGUGGAAAAUUUUCUCCAAACGGUCAGGCUAUUAUAGGUCAUGGAUUCCAAGGAAGUCUCCACAUAUGGCAUCAAGAUCCAAAUCAUGCAGAUAUAUGGCUGCCGGCUCGUGCUAUUGUAGGCGGACACUUUGAAGCGGUACGAGAUUUAGCUUGGGAACCGCAAAAUGGUGAAUUACUAGUGUCACUUUCCGCUGACCAAACUACUAGGAUUCAUGCUAGUUGGAAGAAAUCAGACUCGGAUAGGCAAAGUUUAACUUGGCAUGAAAUUGCUCGACCGCAGGUGCACGGCUAUGAUAUGCAGUGUCUGUGCAUGCUAUCUCGCUACAAGUUUGCUAGUGGAGCUGAGGAAAAAAUUGUACGUAUCUUCCAAGCUCCAAGCAAUUUUGUGGAAAACUUCCACCAGUUAUGUGGUAUAGGAAAUGAUCUGGAAGGGGAGCUUAUAUUGAGGUCCAAUCCAGAGGGUGCCUCGGUACCUUCCCUAGGGCUCUCCAACAAAGCAGUUUACAGCUGUAACGAAGAGGAACAAUCGGAAAAGAAACAUAUUAAGGACAUGUAUCCGGAGCAUUACUUUACACGUACUACCAUGCAAAGCCCGCCAACAGAAGAAACUCUAAUGCAGAACACUCUAUGGCCCGAGACACAAAAACUUUACGGUCAUGGUUAUGAAAUCUAUGCUCUGGCAGCAACUACAAACGGUUGCCUUUUGGCCUCUGCUAGCCGUGCUAGUUCGGCGGAACACGCAAAAAUUCUUAUCUGGGACACAUCCACGUGGAAAAUUGUUCAGCGCUUGCAGGCUCAUCAACUGACAGUAACGCAGCUCUCGUUUGCUCCAAGCAAUAGUCUACUUUUGGCAGUAUCCCGAGAUCGAUCAUUAUCUGUGUUCGAGAACGUUGCAACGUCCGAAAGCUGCAACUUCCAGCUUGUGACGCACACGAACAAACAAACGAGCGUUCACGCUCGAGUUAUUUGGUGCUGUGAUUGGACGCACGAUUCACGUCAUUUUGCGACCGGCUCUCGUGACGGCAAAGCGGUACUGUGGGAACGAAAGGACGAUGGACUGUACAGUGCAGGUGCUGUACUUGAUUUAAAGCGUGAAUCGAUUACCGCUAUUGCCUUUGCGAGACGAGAAAUACCUGAUGUCCAUUACCUGGCGGCGAUUGGAUUUGAGAGUGGAAUUAUCCAGUUGUACGCACUAAAGCAUGAAUGGAAAUUGUUAUGUGCUGUCGAUAAAUCCUGUGGUCAUCACUUAACUGUUAAGAGGCUAUCCUUUAGACCAACUGAUGAUGAAAUUCAACUGGCCAGUUGCGGCGAAGACAAUUUUGUAAGAAUCUACGACAUUUCUAUUGAAUAAAGGAUUUGACCAAAAUUUUUGAGAUUUUUUUU